AUGCAGGGUGGUCUCCUCUCGUCCUCCUACAUCAAUGCCUCCUACGCGAGACCACCCAACUACACGGCAACAGGCGCUGCCGUGGCGUCGAGUCAGGACACCCAACCGGAGUACAUUGCAGCCCAGGGUCCACUGCCUCACACCGUCGCGGACUUCCUCACGAUGAUCUACGAACAGAAGUGUCCCCACGUCGUCAUGCUCUGCAACACCGAGGAGAACAACAGCCCGAAAUGUGCCAGGUAUUGGCCUGCCCAGGCCACAGAAACAUUCGUCUCCGAUGGUCGAAGUGUUGUCGUGACCAAAGUGGCAGAGCAGAUAACACCAAACUUUACGUACCGUGAAUUCACCAUUCUGCCAUCAAACGAGAGGGAGGUGAGUCUGCCGCAACGGCAUCAUCGGUGA